CACACACACACAAAAAAAAAUUUGCUCCACACAGACCAAACCAAACCCGAGCGAGCGCUCCCGAUCCCGAACCAGAUUGGGAAGGCGACCGACUACAACUCUCCGGCGGGCGGCGCGACCGGACUCCGGCGAGCCCGGGCGGGGCGGCUGAAGCGUGCGGCGGAGGCGGCCUUCUCGGCGCCGUCAAGUUAUAGGCAGGCUCCGGCGCCGCGCCGCGGCUGCUCCGCCGCGAUUCCGGCCACUGGUCUCUUCUGAGGCCAUGGUGAACACUGACGGUGAAGGUGCCGAUGCCGGGGGAGGAGACCCAAUGAGCGUCGAUGAGAGCGUCGGUGUCGUUGGGGCAGACCAGUGUGAAGGAGCCAGGUUGCAGGACAGCGGUGCUGCGGUCAGCGUUGAAGGGGCCAGGGAAGGACAGACGCCGGUUUCUCACCCUGGCGGCGGAAUGAGGGUGCGAGGAGCGACUGUGGAGGAAGCCGAGAACGAGGAGGCCCCUACGGUGCAGGGCAGCAAGGAGGGGGCCGAGGAGCUGCUCCUGAAGGUGGUGUACAGUGAGGAGGAGGCGUACAAGCUGUACUGUGACUACGGGCACCGCACGGGGUUCAGCGUCCGCAAGGGCAAACAGUCCUACUUCACCGGCACCAAGAGGAUCAGGACCAAGGACUACUUCUGCUCCAAGGAGGGCCUCAAGGAAGCAGAGAAGCUUACCGACGAGAACUUCAACGACCCGCACACCAGGACCAAUUGCAGGGCCAUGGUUCGCUUCAGAGCAAACAGCCAGGGCGAGUGGAGGGUAAUCCGACUCGUGUCUGAUCACAACCACAACUUGGUAAGACCUGAAGAACGGCACCUUCUGCGGUCUGCCAAGUCACUUAUAGCUGGGAGGUCAUGUUCUGCUGCGGAUGCGGUGUUAUAUGGUGGGUACCAGUUAGGGGGUGUACCUUCCCAAAUGGCUGCAAGCACUAGCGUAGCUAACAAUGCAGAGACUCCGAGGCAAGAUUUGCUCCCUGGUUUUAGCGGCAUAACAAGGACAUCAGCCGUAGGGACCGGAGAGUUGCAAAGCAUUGUAAGCCAUCUAAAGAGCAGAGCAAAUUUAGAUGGAAUGUUUUACUGGGAUGUUCAGUUAGACCGAGCUGGUCGGAUGAGUAAUUUCUUUUGGCGAGAUGGUAGGAGCAGAAUGGACUAUGACUGUUUCGGUGACGUGGUUGUCUUUGAUUCAACUUACCGCUUAAACAAACAGAAUUAUAUAGUUGCUCCUUUUGUUGGUGUGAACCACCAUUGGCAGACCACUAUGUAUGGCUGUGCAUUAUUAGCAGAUGAUUCCAUGUCAUCUUUCAUGUGGCUGUUCAAGUCUUUCUUGGAGGCAAUGGGAAACCGGCAACCACGAUCUAUUUUCACCAACCAAGACCAAGUUAUGUCAAAUGCAAUUGAGGAAGUGUUUCCAAAUACAUGCCAUCGCAUUGCUCACUGGCACAUUCAAAAGAAUGCCGCUUCUCGCCUUGGUGCACUUAAUGCUUCUAAAGCAUUUAAUAAGAUGAUCACCAAGUGUAUGCAGGGAUGCGACUCAGAAGCAGAAUUCGAGGGAACAUGGGCUGCGAUGCUCCGUGAGUUUAAGUUGCAGGAUAAUAAGUGGCUGAGCAAACUUUAUAAGCUCAAGCAGAAGUGGUGUGGUGCUCUGAACAAGUGCACUUUUGAUGGUGGGGUCGAAAACGAGCCACAAUGUGACAGUUUGAGUAACAUAUUCACUUGCAUUGUUGAUAAAUCAACUUCUCUUUCCACAAUUGUUGCUGCUGUGGAUAAGCUGACUGAGGAUUGGCGCGAAAAAGAGUUUGAUGAGGAUGUGCGGUGUUGUCAAAGGCCACUUUCUUGUAUUAUAAAGCACAGUGAUAUUUUGAAUCAUGCAGCAAAAGUUUAUACACACAGAAUCUACAAGCUAUUCGAGACAUAUUUUCUUGACGGUUGUGGGGCCACAAAAUUCAAGGCACUUCCGUGUGAAGACAGUGACACAUAUCGGUUUGAGAUGACUAUGCAGGGUAGAGGGUCAAGAGUCUGCACAGUUCAUCUGAAUAUGUCAACAAUGCAACUCACUUGCAGCUGUAGUCAGUUUGAGACAAUGGGUUUACUUUGUCCACAUACUCUGAAAGCUCUUAGUAUCAAGAAUGUGGGCAAAAUUCCAGAAAUAUAUAUACUGAAGCGGUGGACCAGAGAUGCUAAGCAGUGGGUUUUCAACCCAAAGCAAUAUGAAUCAUCAUAUCAGGAGUGCAUGGAUGAUGAAGCUGGAUACUGCAACCAUGCUAUGAGGUAUGCUUAUGACCUUGUGAUGAAGAGUGAAGGGCAGGAGGAAUUGAGAAGAUCUCUUUGGGAGGCUCUUGAGGGUGGAGAGAAAGAAUUGGAGAAAUACCAAAAUGCUACACAGUAUGCACAAUCUUAUGCCACUUGAAAGAAGCAUCGAUAAAGCUUUUUGGUGUUACUACUGAGGAAAGAAAGAUAUACUUAGGGAUAACUGGGUCUUUUACAACAUAUAUGUGCAUACCUUCUUUUCUGCUGACUCAAACUGUAAUCUAAAAAUGGAAAUGGAAACCUGUGAAACGAGAUAAAGUUUGAGUAAGUCAUAAUUCUUUGCUUUUGAUCGUUACUACUCUGAUUCCAUGUGCUUUGCUGGAUACUACUAUCUUUGUUUCCACAUAUUUGUUAAUUAGCAUGAGUCCAUGAUGUUUGUUAAACUGUUAUAUGAUGAAGUUUCACCAGUGCUAUUUUUAAGUUUGUGUGGGUGGCAGUGUAUUGGGGUCAACCGGCCAGUUUGAACCAUGCAUGCUAUUAAGCUUCAUGCACUAGCAAACGCAACCAAAAGUCUGAACUUAUGGUAAGGGCUAGGCAGUCCACAUAUACACUUCAACACAUGCCAUCUUGAUGCAAGUGUAGGAUUACUAUGGGUGAAUAUAGGUCAGCUAAGUUGGGGUCGGCUGACCUUUCUAAAAAUCACAUAUUAAUGUUUCAGAACCAUGCAACAAAAAAAUAAAAUAAACAAGGUCAUGGGUUUUUCUUAACCGUUGUUUUCGGUGGAAGUUGGUUGUUCAAUAGCUGGUUUCUAACUGAGACAUUGGCAUAUGACAUCAGCAUUUGUCUCUGAUUUUAAGGUGUGAACUCAUGAGGGUAAGACUGUAUGCGGUUGCUUUCUUACAUCCAUAUGUUGUUUCCAGAAAUUCCUUCUGCUUAAUAAGAAAACAUCAGAGUUUGUUUCUUGAGCAUGAGGCACUAUUCCAAAGUUUAUUUUUGGCUUUUACACACUAUUUCUGGCAUGGUCUUUGUUUGCUAUGUGCACUGUAAUAUCUGUUGCCUGUAGUUCAAGUCUGCCAGAACACAAGUAGCUCGGUCACUUGUUCGCUCUGUUGUACUCACCUGUUUUUACAUAGUUUGAAGCAGCUAUUUAUUGCCAACCCUUACAGAAACUCUUAAGACUUUCCUAACCUGGGAGAAGCUGGAGCAUAUGGCAUGUGCAACUUGACUUGUUGCAAUACUAUCUGAUCCGUUAAAACUCCUACCCUUUUGAUGAAGGAAUAGUGGCAUUCUUGAGGAGCUGGAGCAGUUCUGGGAGAUGAGGUUCGAGCAGGGCCCCUUCCGAGGCUGUCACCGUGAUGAGGUUCGAUCAUUCUUAAAUGAUGCUUCUCAAACGACGAACACCCCGACUGUGCCACCGUGCUGCCAUGGGGACUGAACUGAAUGAUCUGAAACCGUCUUGAGCUUCGCAACACAUGUUCUUGCUGGUGACAUGAAUCAAUGCUGUACACAUGUGGGUUUGGCUGGGAAGAGCCAGUGUGGCACUCUUUCCUGCAGACGCCGUGACGAAGUUAUGUCAAAAGCAAUUGAGGAAUUGUUUCCCAAUACAUGCCGUCACUGGAACAUUCAAAAGAAUUCCACAUCUCGCCUUGGUGCAUUUGCUGGGGGUUUGAAAGCUUUUAAUAAGAUGUUCACCAAGUGUAUGCAGGGAUGCGACUCUGAAGUAGUAUCCGAGGAAACAUGGGCUAAUAAUAAGUUGCUGAAGCGGUGGACCAGAGACAAGCUCUUAGUAUUAACUAUUAAGAAUGUGUAUACUGAGGCGGUGGACCAGAGAUAUCCAAGCAGUGGCUUUUCAGUCCAAAGCAAUAUGAAUCAUCAUAUAAGGAAUGUAUGGAUGAUGAAGCUGCAUACUGCAACCAUCGUAUGAGGUACGCUUAUGGCCUUGUGAUGAAGAGCCGAGGGCAGAAGGAAUUGAGAAGAUCUCUUUGGGAGACUCGAGGGUGGAGUUUUUUUGGGGGAAAAUACCUAGAAAAUGUUACCCAGCAUGCACACACAUUCUUAUGCCACUUGAAAGAAGCAUCAUUUGAGCCUUUUGGUGUUACUGCUCAGGAAGGAAGGCAUACAUGGGUAACUGGGUUCUGUAUACCACGUGUGUACAAAUCUUCUUUUAUGCUGGCUGAAACUGUAAUAAUCUAAUAAUGGAAAUAAAAAGCUGUGAAAAAAGGGACAAGUUUGAGUAAGUCAUUACUGUUUACUCUUGAUUGUUA